UAUCUUGCUGUUUUGCAUUUUAAGACUACACCAGCUGUUUGCAGUCGUUGAGAUUUUCAAGAAAUGAAAUAUGCUUCACCGAACAGUGGACUAUUCCAAAAAUAUGUACAAAUAAUUGUUUGUGUACAUUUGUCUUGAGGUAUGGAAGACGCAUCUACCAGAGACGAAUCCAUUUUGACAAAAAGCCAAAUUCAGCUGAAAAGAAGACUAGCACUAUACACUCGCUCGCGACGUUUGAUUUCUCAGAAUGGAUUCUGCUUGGAGAUGCUUGAGAAUGGAAGAGUGCAAGGGACAGAAGAUAAGUUUAGCCCUUUUGCUGUUCUAAACGUUUUAUCAAUUGGCGAAAACAUGUUGACAAUUUGGGGAGCAAAAGCUGAAGCUUAUCUGGCAGUUGAUCAUCAAGGGAAUGUCUUCACAACAAAAACUGAAGGCCAUCAAUGUGUGUUUAUGGAGCUAUUUACGAAAGACUUUUUCAACAUCUAUGGCAGCUUCAAAUCAGUGAGUGAGGGACGGCCUAAAUGCUUGCAUAUUUUAGGGGAUGGGUCCCCUGUGACUAAAGACUUCUUCGGUUUGCCAGACAGUUCAUGCCAAUUUUUUUGGGAUUUGCCCACAAUUUCCGUAAAGCAAGCAAGAUUCUCUAGCGUUUACAAGAAAAAGUAAGCUAAAAACAACUUUGGUGUGCGUACACAUCAUCUGGUAACAGAGAAAGUAUUAAAACCAAAUGAAUAUUAAAAAUUAUGUCAUAAUGAUUAUAGAACUUCAAAUCUUGUUUCAAUCGUCAAAAAGCAUUAAUAGUGAAUAUUAAUGGUUCGAUGUCAAA